AUGAAACCACCUGUUCAGAUAUAUGGUAUCAAAGGUCACUAUGCCACUGCUCUUUAUUCUGCUGCAUCUAAACAGAAUAAACUGAAACAAGUAGAAAAGGAAUUGAGAGUAGCACAAAUCUGGAAGGAACCUAAAACGGCUACUUCCACUAUGAGCUCCUACGUAAACUGUUCCAUGAAAGUGAAAAGCCUAAAUGACGUAACAGCAAAAGUGAAGUUCUCUCCUGUCAUAUCCAACCUGAUCAGUUUGCUUGUUGAGAACUGUCACUUAAACAAUACUCCUGGAGUCAUUUUUGCCUUUUCCACCAUGAUGAGUGUCCACCAUGGAGAAGUACUGUGCUCAGUGACCACCACGUCUCCUUUGGAUGAAGUCACUUUUACUCAACUAAAAACGGUCCUGAAGAGCUUCCUAAGCAAAGGCCAAGUAUUGAAAUUGGAAGUCAAGGUUGAUCCGUCACAUAAUGAUUGUCCGUAUUAG